UGUAUUCCUUUUAGUCUAAUGAAGUGUCACCGAAUUACAUCUACUUGAAUGGGGAGGAAGUAAAUACAUCUUUCUUUCACCAUUAAAGCGUUUGAUACAUUGUAUAAGAGGCAAGAAUGGCAUCAGCUAAUUGGCUACCUCUCGGCCAUGUAUAUUACGAAAAAAUGGAGUUGUAUUCUCUGGAGUGGGGAGACCAGAUAGAUCUUGCAAAGUUCAUUGUUGCUCCAGCUCCAUAUGGUGGACCUUUAGCUUUGAUGAGAGAUGACAGUAACAACCCAAAUUUGUCAGGAAAUGUGAAGCCGAUCAUUCAUGCAUUCACCUCAUCUGGUAAACCUAUAGGUCAACUUAGAGUAUGUUCACUUUUUGAAGCAAAAGACACAAAGGUUUUAGAUGUACGUAUCUUUCGUAGCUAUAAAGGCACAGGGAUUGCCGUUCUCACAUGUAACUACAGAAUAUUCAUGGUCAACUGUAUAGAUGAUCUGAGAGUAAGAAGGCUGGCCGAAGUUCCAGGUUUAAACAGUGCACCUACAGCAUGGGGUAUUAUAACAAUGGAUGGUCAGUCCCAGGCACUGGUGGCCAAACAAAAUGAGCUGUAUCUAGUGGACCAUGGAGGACAAUACCAGCAACAAUCUAUAGAUGUCUCUGUACCAGCUGAAGCCAUCAUGGAUAUGGCAAUUUCAUUCAACAACAAAUAUCUGGCACUGUUUACAGAGAGUGGUAUAGUAUGGAUAGGAUCAGCUGACCUUAAGAAAAAGUACUGUGAAUUCAACACAAAAUCUCACCAGAGACCAUCACAGUUCAUUUGGAGUGGUCCAGGAGCUGUGGUUGCAUUGUGGGAUAAAUUGAUGCUUGUUAUUGGUCCAGAUAAAGAUUAUAUUUCAUUCCAGAAUGAUUCUACAGUAAGUCUUGUAGAAGAGGAAGACGGUGUCCGUAUUGUAGGACGGGACAAUGUCGAGUUCUUCCGUAAAGUGCCAUUGGUGACAGAACAGAUAUUUAAGAUAGCAUCAAUGGAGCCUGGAGCCAUGCUGUUUGAAGCUUCUAGAGAAUUUGAGAGAGAAAGUCAGAGAGCCGAUGAGUAUAUACGUACAAUCAAAGAUAGUCUAGACAUAGCUGUUUCACAAUGUAUACAAGCAGCUGGACAUGAAGUAGAACCUUCAAAACAGAGAGCUCUUCUCAAGGCUGCUUCCUUUGGCAAAUGCUUCCUGACAGACUAUAAUCCAGAGCCAUUCUUCAAUAUGUGCCAAAUGUUGCGAAUACUCAAUCAAGUACGGAAUCCUAACAUCGGAAUUCCCCUCACAUAUUCACAAUUAGAACAUCUUACCAUGGCUGUACUAAUUGAUAGAUUGGUGUUAAGGAAAUAUUUCUACCUAGCUAUCAGGAUAUGUCAGUACCUAAAAUUACCAGAAUCUGAGGGAGCCAGUAGGAUUCUUGCUCAUUGGGCAUGCUACAAGGUGUUACAGAAGAACGAAGAUGAUGAACAGGUAGCAUAUGCUAUACGAGACAAGAUGGGGGAUACACCAGGUGUUUCCUAUUCUGAUAUAGCCAGCAAAGCUUUGGAAUGUGGCAGGACUGACCUAGCCAUCAGGCUUUUGGAUUAUGAACCAAAGGCAGCACGUCAAGUGCCACUGUUGUUACAGAUGAAGAAAGAACACAUUGCUCUUAACAAGGCCAUAGAUAGUGGAGAUACUGAUUUAAUUUAUUUUGUCCUAAUGCGACUUAAGGAUACUAUGCCACAAGGAGAAUUUUUCAUGGCAAUUAGAAAUAUUCCAGUAGCUCUAUCACUUUUUCUGCAAAACAGAGGACCUUAUUUAAAAACCCUAAAAUUCCGGAAAUUUCCAGGGGGGCCCAUUUUCCCGGGAAAAGUUUUAAACAAAGGCCAUCCAAUUUUUAAUAAUGCCAAAGAAAGUUACAUGAAAGCUAGGAAUGAAUUUGCUGCAAAGCAAGUUGAAGACGAGAUAAAAUUACUCAAAUAUCAACGACGAUUGGAGGAAGAGCUACGCAGACCAUACAUGGAUCUUUCUGUACAUCAGACGGUUCAUAAACUUAUAGUGGAUAAUAGUCAUAAGAUGGCUGACCAGAUUCGUAAAGAGUUCAAGAUUCCAGACAAAAGGUAUUGGUGGUUGAGAAUAGAUGCUCUUGCUGAGGCUGGAGAGUGGAUGGAACUUGACAAGUUUUCUAAGACAAAGAAACCUCAAUUAGGAAUGGAGGCUUUUGUGGAAGCAUGUUUAAAGCAUGGAAAUAAAAGGGAAGCAAUGAAAUACAUUCCAAGAGUACUACCAGAUAAAAAAGUUCAGUGUCUCAUUCAAAUGGGUGAUCUUAAACAAGCUGCAGAAGCUGCAUUUGAGAAUAGGAACGAGGAUGAUUUGAACAAAGUAUUGAGGAAGUGUACUCUGGCUGACCGUGCAAUAGAGGACCAAAUUAAAGGUUACAAACAGCAACUAGCUGGUGGACGAAGAUAAUACUAUAGCUUUCAGUUUUGACUGAAAAGUGCUUUUAGUCUCUGAGCUGUAGGAGUAACUUUACUAUGCUACCAGUAUUGAGCCCCACUAAAAAUCUUGUGAGACUUUGCUAUUAGUUAAUAUAAAUUUGAUUAAUUUUGAUACUUGAAUACCUUCAAGUAACAGUUAUCUGUAAUAACAGAAUGUUUAUUUUCAAUUGUUUGGUAAUAUGCCAGCCAAGGGUGCAUUGCUUUUGAAAGAACCCUUGGUUAUGUUGUGUUUUCCAAUAGUUAUUUGCUGGGUUUUUUUGGGGUUUUUUUUUGGUUUUUUUUUUUUGAGAAUAUGCUUCAGAUAAAGAAAAUCUAAUAUCAAGCUUUGAAUUUAAACUUACAGCAAUAAGAGCCCAUAACAUUUCAGUAUAUCAAAACAAAAUGUGUAUUUAGUUUUCUAUUGUUGUAGUCCUGUUAUGCAGUGAAAGUGGAAAAUUUUGUGUCAGGGUAUGUUUUUCUGUUUCAGCCUUAAAUGUGCAACAGUUUUAUUUUGAAAACUUUUAACAAACAAAUUUCAUUUUUGCUUAUUCAAUUGAGAGUUAUUUCAUGUUAUGGUAAUAUGUGAAAUUGAUAUAUGUGGAAAUGAAUGAUCAUUGAAGUUAGGUAAUUUAUGUAUAAAAUUGUGCAAUAUUUGUUAUUUAUAUGAAUGUAUAAUAAAAAGAUAUUUAAAUGAA